AUGCAUCAAACGUGCUCUCCGUUGGUUGAUGAGCUAAUGUUUCAAAUUGAACAAUUCGUUCCUGACAGUAUAGAAUUGGAUGCAGCGAGAAAUUUGACAAGAUUGUGUUCUGAUGUUAUGAGCUGUUUUGGAAAGACUAACUGUUUGGAAGCACAGAGAAACAAGGAAACUUAUACACAGAAAUGCCAAAAAUUGGAUUUCAAAAACUACGGAAUGCAUAAAUGUAUGCCGUAUUUCUAUAAAAUGGCUUACAAUCAAGAGAACAGUUGCGCUUCGAAGUAUGAUUUUUUCACUAAUGAUCUAAAAACCAAAAGAAUCGCUUUUACUUCUGGAAAACAGUGCUUGCUGGAGAUUGUUUCUGUGAAAUGCUCCAAGAAAACAAUGGCCUAUUUGAAUGAUUACUAUGAUAACUUUGUUAAUAUUCUCACGACUCCUCCAAACAACACUAGAUGCACAUCCGCUUACGAUGGGUUAACGUCUAUACAAUGUAUGCCGAUAUUGAAGAAAACUUCUGAAAUUUUCACAACGACUGAAGAUUACUCUGCGUUGAACGGAUUAAGCGCUGUCAAGUUAUGUGAAUCUGCACGGGAUUGUAUGAAGAACAGCUGUGUCUACAGUCUGAAAACCGUCCAAAACAUGGAUUCUGCGUGUAUAAAUUUCAGAAAAGCCACUUUUCAACAAUGCUACUACAGUAUUCUCACAUCGACUGAGGACUAUUCAAAAUACAAAUGCGUGAAAGAUAUCAUUGCAAAGAAUAAAACUGCAAAGUUCACUGAUGAUAAGGCUUGCAUGAAAAGUGUGAUGACCGGAGAGUGUUCAAAUGUUUCGGCAGAAGGAUUCGAUGCGGAAUGGGACAACCGAUCAAACUUUGGUCAACCUCUGUGA